UCUUUCAUUUUGAAUUUUUUUCUUUGUAAAAGACUAAUGUUGUAAAUAAUUUUCUAAAUUAAUUGUUGCUCUUAAUUGUUGUUUGUCUUUUUAAUUUACUGUGAUAAUUAUGGCUGAUGAAGAAGCAGAUUAUAAGAUAAUCACUUUACCAACAUGUUGUGUUGAUAGAAAAUUGAAAAGUUUCACUUUUGGUAAAAACGGUUGUUACCUUUACGAUGAUAAAUACAACAAUGUUUAUGAGAUUGUUCAAUAUUCUGAAGAUAGAAGAUCUUGGUUUGUCGGGGAGAGAGUUGUACAAAAUGGUUCCCUUCAAAUGGUUACUCAAGUUGAUCCAUUGUUUAUAAUUUUACCUAAUUUAAUUGGUGAUAGUAAAUUGUUUAAAUCUUUGGAAGACAUUUUUGGUGAUGAUAAAGGAAGUACAAUUAUGAUCAAAAUAUUUGAGACCAAUAAGAGAAGUGAUAUUUGUUGUAUUGCUGAUGUCAAAGAAUUGGACAAUGAGAUUUAUUACCGUUUGGAUGAAAAAAAGCUAAUUACUUGGUUAAAAGCUAAAGUUAAUCAGAUAAUUAAUUGUUUACAACAAAUGAAGAUUGAAGUAUCAGUUAAUUCAACUAAAAUAGCUGGAUUUUCAUCUGCUCGUGAUACAAAGACUGAUGAAAAAGAGUAUAUCAGAUAUGCUGUUAAUUUACUUUCCAAAUAUUUACCUGAAGAUGUUUUAACUUCACUGAGAGAAAUUUACAAUUUAGAGAAAGAAAAAGAAAUCGAACCUGAAACAAAACCCAUUGCCAGUAGUACCCCAAAGGGUCAAAAACGGCCAAUCGAUGGAGCAAAAUGUGAACCCAUUGAUAAUUACUGCAAGGAAGAAGUCCCAGUAAAUGGUGCUGCUAAAAAGGCGAAAUUAUCUAGAUCUCAAAAGGAAUUGGAAAAGGCUUCAAAACAAUCAGGAAUUCGAAGUAUCUCAAGUUUCUUCACCAAAAAACCUUCCAAUUAGUACGAAACAUAUCGCACGAAGGAAGCAAAAUGUUCAACAUAUUUUUUACCGCCAUCAAUUUGUAGUCUACAUUGUAAAUUGAUUCUCUUUUGAGUUGAUCAAACUAAUUCCAUAAUUGAAAAGAAAUUACCCCCGAUUAUUUUGUAUAACAAAAAUCGUUUCAAAUCAACGACAAUCUGCAAAAAUUAUCUACUUGAAAAGAAGACAUUUGUCAUCAAAUAGAAAAUUGAACUUUUCUAAUACGAAAAGUGCCAACACUUA